GGGGGGGGGGUUCUAUUGUAUAUCAAUCAAUCAUCCCCUUCGAAGCCUUCCAUGUGCCCUUCAUCUUUCAUCCGUUUUCUUUCGUGUUCCCUAAGAGUUUUGUUAUCUUGUUUAAGGCUCUUGCCACCCGAUUUGCGCCAGCAUGGGCAAUGAAUCACCUUCUCCACACCAGCUGCUGAUAGAGGCGAUCAUCUUCUGGAGUAUCGGCAUCGUGUUGUAUAUCGGGCGAAUGGUCUCCCGGAUUAUUGCCAGUGGGUCGAUCAAGCAGUUGUUCCUCGAUGACUAUAUCAUGACUUUCACCUUUAUGAUAUACACCAUCCUCCUGGUUCUCAUCCAAGUAUCCGCUCGAUAUGCUACCAACCUCAUGGACCCAGCGGACUACGAACGAGUCCUUUCAGAUCCAGAGGAGGUCAAAGAUCGGAUCUACGGCAGCAAAGUUGUCAUCGGACUGGAGCAAUGCAUGCUCUUCUCAACAUGGGGUGUCAAGACAUGCCUGCUCAUUCUAUACUGGCGGAUGACCAAGAACCUCCGCAUGAAUUUCUACGUCAAGAUCCUCGCGGCCUACGUUGCCCUUGGUUUUUUUGUGGUCAUGCUCACCUACUACGCGGUUUAUUGCCGGCCGUUCUCUCAGUACUGGGCAAUGCCCGUGUCGAAUAUACAGUGUGCAACGUACCGGAACUACUCAAUCACUCAGGCCGUCUUCAACAUCUCCUCCGACGCAGCCAUGCUCGCGAUUCCAAUCCCGUUGCUUACCAAGGCGCAGAUUAAACUGCGCAAGAAGGCCUUGCUUAUCUGCAUCAUGAGUCUGGGCGUGUUUACCAUCGCCGCCGCAAUUAUGAACAAGUACUUCAAUUUCGCGUCCCCACUGACAACCACGUAUCAGAUCUGGUACAUCCGCGAAGCCAGCACGGCUAUAUACGUGGCAAACAUGAUGUGCUGGUGGCCGCUAUUGCGCAAGGUCUUUGGCCUCAAGGCUUUCCAGUAUGGAAGUCGGCAACAUCGUCCCCAUCAUCUUCCUUGGCCAGGACACAAUGCCCAGGUCGUACGGGUGCCGUCCGGAUCCGUCGAGUCCAGACAGUCAUCUUCUUUCCGUCGCCUGAAACAGUUCAACCUAUCCCGCCAUUUCUGCGGACAGUUCGACGAUAGUACAGGUAUGGCUGGUAAAGACAUGGAGCGCAGACUAAGCGAAGAGGCAAUCAACAAACCGACCAUCGAAUCUAUAGCAGAGAGGCAAACGAUAGAGCUGGAAUCGUGGGAAGGGAUUCCUCGACACCAGCAGGAGGAAUCUUAUGACAAGACAAAGACUUCCUGUCUAGAAACGAUCACAGAGCCAGACUCGGAAAAGGGGACGUACUACACAAUUAUAAGUUCUCGUCGAGAGUCUCGAUGCUGACAACUAAUAUUUUUCCUAUUCUCUUCUUCAAAUUACUUCGUACUUUUUCAGACCUUGGAUACCUCCAAACUACUUCAUAAAUUUCAACUAUAUU